AUGGACUCACAACUAGUCAAUCUCAGGAAGCUGAAGGCGAGGGCUCAUGCUCUGGGUCGCCGCGACUCCGGUGGUAGUACGAUUCUUAAUCCCUUCAGGCGCAUCAGCUAUGGACCUCCACCGCGCAGUAAGACCAUGGGUGCUGCAGAGGAGGGUAAAGCAGGCGAUCUCGGCCUCGACCCUUCGACGGUUGCCGCGUCGGCGACAACCCAGGGACGAGCUGCUAGGAAUAGCAAUGAGUUGAGAGGCGCCCGCGGCGAGCAGGGUGACAUAUUCGAAUCUCAGGCGACGACGACUGUUGGAAACGAUACGGCAAGCACCACCAGCAUGCGACAUCGAGGGGGGCCAGAGAACCACACCGACGACCUAAGCAGCAUCCACGAGGAAGAGCCGGAAAAAAAGAAGAAAGACGGCUACUUCUUCAAGCAUAUCGAGCCCGCGACGCCUUUCACCACGUGGAACCAAAUCCAACGUGUCUUCUUCUGCUCACCCAUCAAUAUCCUAAUCCUCGCCGCGCCCGUGGGAAUUGCUCUGCACUUUAUUAACUAUGACGGCCGCGUGGUGUUUGCCGUAAACUUCAUCGCCAUCGUCCCCUUAGCAGCGAUGCUGAGCAAUGCCACCGAGGAAAUCGCCAUGCGGACAGGCGAGGUCCUUGGCGGGCUUAUUAACGCAUCUUUUGGGAAUGCCGUGGAAUUAAUCGUGGCUAUCAUAGCUCUCACCCAGAACCAGAUCAAGGUCGUGCAGACGUCGUUGGUCGGCAGCAUCCUGUCGAACCUCCUUCUCGUCCUGGGCUUCUGCUUCUUCUGCGGCGGCAUCAAUCGCCGCGAGCAAUACUUCAACACGACGGUGGCCCAAACCGCGGCCAGUCUGCUGGCCCUAUCCGUCGGAAGCCUGAUCGUGCCGACUGUUUUUGCGCACACGGACGAUUUGAACCAGGCCGAUGUUACCCUAAGUCCUGAUGCCGUCCCUAGCAUAUCCCACGGCGUUGCCCUCAUCCUGCUGAUCGUCUACGCUUCCUACCUCUUCUUUCAGAUGAAGACCCACGUCACUCUGUUCAAUGAGGAGAGCCAAAAAGUGCCCUCGAAAAACAUUUUCGGUAAAAAGGGGGUUGACAGGACGGUUGCCUCCGCGAUUACCAUGACGGGGGCUAGCAACGCCGGAGUUCGUGACGAGAGCGGCAAGGUGAGGGAGGUGAUGCAGACCCCCGAGCCCGUGGAGGAAGAGGAAAGUCCCCAGUUGAGCUUUCUUGUCGCCUUCGUCACUCUGAUCUGCGCUACCGUCGUUAUCGCGCUCUGCGCCGAAGGGAUGGUGGGUGGCAUCGAGGCCAUCACGUCGUCCGGGGCCAUCAGCGAAGAGUUCGUCGGUCUUAUUCUCCUCCCGAUCGUCGGAAACGCCUGCGAGCACGCGACAGCGGUCACCGUGGCGAUCAAGGACAAGAUGGACCUCGCCAUCGGUGUCGCCAUCGGAUCCUCGAUGCAGGUGGCGCUGCUCCUGAUCCCACUCCUCGUUAUUAUCGGCUGGGGCAUGGGCAACCAGGACAUGACGCUCGCCUUUGACACGUUCCAGAUCAUCGUCCUCUUUGUAUCCGUCCUCCUGGUCAACUACCUGAUCGGUGACGGCAAGAGCCAUUGGCUGGAAGGCCUGGUUCUGGUAUGUCUAUAUGCCAUUAUUGCUACCUGCGCCUGGUGUAAGUUAACCUCCCCUCCCCCUUUCUCUGUUUCUCUCGCCUUAAUUUCAAGCGGAAGCUAAUUAUCUGCCUUAGUUUAUCCUAUCAUUAAUGAGAGUACAUCUUCGUAGGUGUACUGUCCGACGAGUUCCUCGUAACCAUGGUGUCGGAAACACAACGCUCGACUUCGGUUCUCGUACAAACGACC